CGGUGCCGGGCGGUGCUGCCCGGCACAAAGAUGGCGGCCGUGCCCGGCACAAAGAUGGAGGCCGCAGCCGUGCAGCGGAGGUUAUUGCCCGGCACAAAGAUGGCGGCCGCAGGGUGCAGCGGAGGGUAUUGCCUGGCACAAAGAUGGCGACCAGGGAGGCGCUCUGGCUUCGGGUUUCCGCAGGGAGCGCGACUCUGACGUCAUCCCUCUGCGACACCUCGGGGCCGCGUGGAUCAUGGAGGGGGAGAACGGGGCGACCCCGGGACCGGGAGCGACCCCCGAGGGGCCCAGCGGGGCUGCCUCGGCUCGGCGGCGGCGGAAAGGCGGCAAGAAGCGGCAGGAGGCGGUGGCAGCCAUCCCGCGGGGCAAGCCCAAGUCGGGACGUGUGUGGAAGGAUCCCGGGAAGAAGAGGUUCUCCCACAUGAUCCAGGACAAGGCGCUGCGCAGCUCCUGGGCACGGAAAAUGAAGGAGAGGCAGGAGAAGAAGCUGGUCCAGGAUCUGGCGCGGCAGCUGGAGGAAGCAAAGCAGAGGGAGAAAGAGGAAAAGAAGCGGCGGCGGGAGGAAAACCUGAAGCGGCGCCUGGAAAACGAGCGGAAAGCCGAGAUUGUCCAAGUGAUCCGGAACCCCCUGAAGCUGAAGAGGGCCAAGAAGAAGCAGCUGAGGCGGGUGGAAAAGCGGGACACGCUGGCCCGGCUCCAGAAGACGCCCGUGAGGCGCAGCACGGCCACGGAAUGAGGCGGGAAUCAGGAUACUGCCGUGCCCAAGCCAGGAUUCCUACAGAUCCUGCUCCUUUCUGGGGCUUUUCCUUCAGCUUGCCAGGCAGGAAUCGCUGCCAGGACCAUCAGUGUUGGACGAGCAACAGGACAGGGCUGAGGGGGUGUAUUCCACAGGAACCAGCUGCUGGAUCCCCCAAGCCCUGUGGGAUCAGGAUGUGGCCUGUGCCAGGGGCUGGAAUAGAACUUUGCUUUCCCAAAUUUGCCUUUUCCUUAUAAAAAAUGAAUAGGAACUGA